CACACACACACACACAUGCUCGUGCACACACAAGCGCAAAAUUCACAUAUCACUGGUUCAGUUGUUUUUAUCUGUGUCGUAUUUUGUCUUAUACAGAGCUUCCGAGCCACGCCGAGUCACCUGACCAACUGAAGAAGGUUCUGUGCGACGAAAGUCACACUAUCGGCGAAUGCACUCAAGAGCUUCCGAGCCACGCCGAGUCACCUGACCAACUGAAGAAGGUUCUGUGCGACGAAAGUCACACUAUCGGCGAAUGCACUCAAGAGCUUCCGAGCCACGCCGGGCCACCUGACCAACUGAAGAAGGUUUUGUGCGACGAAAGUCACACUAUCGACGAAUGCACUCAAGAGCUUCCGACCCAGACCAAGUCACAUGAGCGACUGAGCAAAGUUCUGUGCAACGAAAGUCACACUAUCGGCGAAUGCACUCAAGAGCUUACAACCCACGAGGAGAGAGCGGAGAAAUGCUCGGCCCCUGGCAAUGACUCGAACGCAACAACUGGGGCACCACUGUCUUGGCGUGGUUCAGUACCACCCUCAGUCCGCGAAAUCCUGGUCUACGCGGUCCUGGUCUACAGUGAUAGUCAGGAACCGUAUAGAGCUCGGCUUCCGUCCAGCAAGCUCUACUCCUCUGCUGUGAUGGUCGCCAACCAGUUCCUCCAGUCGAGGGAACAAAUUAGUGCCAUUCAGCUAUCGAAUUAUUUCAACCGAAUCAAGAAGCCUGGGAACUACGGAAAAUAUCUUGGACGCCUGCGGACAACACGCUUCCGCACCAUCAUAUCGUCCGUCGUGGAAUCGUGCAACACGCAGUUUCGGAAGGCAGACAGCAAGUCUCUAGAUGGCGGCGAGGUGUUGGAGGUGAGGAAAGUCGUUGAGGGUGCUAUCAGCCAGUGGGCCUCACCACCCACACCCCCCACACCCUCCACAUCACCUACACCUGCUGCCAUGGACUUCAAUGGCAUUGCGGCGCGCAUCAACAGCAUGGCACGCUGGAAGGCAAUUGAAGACGAUGACCUAAAGGCACACUAUUUUAGCCCAAGGCCUGGCUGUCCCCAGCUAACUGUACUGGUGAAGAGAGACUUCACAUUCCAAGUGUUGAUGCAAAGUAAGAUCGUUGACAUGACCAGCAUAUGUAAGCCUCCGGAAAAGCUUCUCACCUGUGAAGAUAUAGAGACCGUCGUGUUAGCCAUCGAGAGAGCCGAUAAUUGCCAGGGCUGCAGAUACGACAAAUACAAAGAUUGGAUUGAAAACCGGCUCGAUGGUGGAACGUUCAAGAAUUCGUCUGGUGCGGUAGUUGGAAAACUCGAAACAUGUGAACCAACACCAUGCAUACGAACAGUAGCAUGUCCUAUACUCGUACCUGCUGGUACUAGUUCCGUUUGCGCUGCUUGUAAAGCUUUGGAUGGUACCCUGAGAAGAGGCUUGUCCAGAUUUAAAACCCGAGGCACUGAAACAAGCCCACAUACCGCCUUCAUCCAUCUACCCCAAGCCAAGCUUGUUGACAUGCUACGUGAGAGGCGGGACAAGACUAGCCUCGUGACCAGACGAUUGGAGCGCCUUGUUGCCUCCAGAGAGAGAAUGGAGACUACAAAGCACAAUGAGGAGUAUGCAUCCAUAUUUCGCCAACUAGAACCAGCCAUGAAUGCAGUGCGUGAGCGUGUUGAGAACCCAACUUGCAAGUGGGCAACUUGCAGAGAAACCUUUUCAACUAUAGAUGACCUGCAAGUUCAUAUCCAUUUCACUCACCUGAAUAUCGAGGAGACCUCAACACAACGUCAGCCCCUCUACAAAUGCCGCUGGGAAUCCUGCAAACACACCGAAUUCAAAAACAGGCAGGAAUUCAAGUCUCACAUCACAAGGCACACUGGACGACAGGAGGAUUCGUUCUUUGCCAUUCUUCUAGCUGACCAGGCAAAAGCAUUAUCAACAUCACCCGAGCAGAUGCGUUGGCAUCCAGCUCUUUCUUUCUUCUAG